AUGUCUCUCGUUAUCGUCGUCUCGCUCCUCUUGCUCUGCGCAUCGCAGCCGUCCGUCACGGCGCAGAUGCCCAACACGCCAGGCGGGCAGAUCGGCGGCGAGGCGGGUAUCGAGCGAGCCAUGUCGCUGUUCCGAGUAUGGGAGGAGGCCUACGGAUUGAAACACGACAUCCACAUGCCGCCCUCAAAAAUCACCUUGCCGUCCAUCGUGCCGCCCGCGCCGCACAUGGAGGAGUGCGAGGCGCUGACAGCGGCGAGGACGGCGUCGGAGAGACGCGAAGGCAACGGACAGCCUCCUCUGUGGGCGCGGCCGGCUGUUAACUGCUCCGAAUGCAACCCGCAACCACCAUGGGUGCGCGGAUCCGACGCGGACAACCUUCCGCUGACGCGCGUGGCGCAGCGCGAUCUGUGGGAGCACCAGAUCUUCAACGGCCGCUGCGACGGCAAGCGCCUGCUUGUCGUGCCCUGGCCCUCCGCGGGCCGUCACGGCGUGGGAUCGCAGGUCGUGUACACAUCUGUAGCCACGAAAAUGAGCGGCUCGUGGAAUUGCUACUUCUUCCCCAUGGUGAAUCCCGACUGUGAGCGCGUGGUGACGGAUAUGAUCGCCAAGAACACCAUGCCGGCCAUGUCCUCGGACGACAAGGCCCAUGACCGCAUUGCUGCAUCGGAAGACCUGGUCGCUCACCUUGACGCCAACGCUGACAGGGAGCUGUCCUAUGAGUCCCGCGCUGCCAAGCUAUGGGGCGAUGCACACGAAAGGGCCCCAGUUGAGUUGGACGUCAUGGGGGAGCAGCCGCGCGUUGACAUCAGAUACAAGAUGACGAACUGGUGGCGCUCCCAGACGACGCGCUUCAUGAUGCGCUGGCCCUCACCGCACAUGUGCCACGAGACCAACAAGGUGCGCCACACCGCCUACGGCCUGCACACCGCAUCGUACCUCGCGCGCUACCAUGAAACCCAGUCCGAGAUCAUCCGGGCCGUUGCAGGCAACGCGUCCGAGACAGACGAAUCGAAGAAGCUUGUCGGGAUCUCCACUGGCCCUCCGGGGCCCAUCGAGACUCAAAUAUGGCCUGUCCGGGGCUUCGAGGGGUGCAAUGAGACGUGCAUGAGUGCGGAGGAUGCCAAGGCGAUAAAGGAUACUUAUGCAUCGGUGGGAGGCGAGCCGUUUGUGAUGCGGCCGAUUGUGAGCCUGCACGUGCGGCAGAGCGACAAGAAUGUUGAGAUGCGCCUGUCGCCGUUCGCCACGCACAUGUUCCUUGUGCAUCGGCUGCGGCGCUUCUCGCCGGACCUGCGAUACGUGUGGCUCAACACGGAGGUGGAGUCUGUGGUGAAGGAAUCAGCAUUGUACACUGACUGGAAGUUCCUCUACUCCUCCAACGCGCGCCUGCCCGUGGAUUCCGGGUCAAAUCGCGAGUAUGAGUUCAAGCAGACAGUUACAGAGAGUUUCGCAAGCGCUAUCAUUGCAUCGCAGUGCGACUACUUUGUGGGUGCGCUUGGUUCUAACUGGAGCCGUUUGAUAAACGAGCUGCGCUCGACAAAUGGGAGGUUGCUGAACGGUUUUUUCUCGGUGAAUAUUGGGUUCUGGUAG